CUUCCCUGCGGAAGUGUGUGGGGUGCUGGUGGAGGAAGCUCAUACACUGUACUGUAUCAGCUAUAUAUAUAUAUAUGAUAUAUCCAUGGGAGGUCGGUGGAGCAGAUCAUUAGCGACAAGGCCUAAAACCGAAGAGGAGCAGGCAACGCUGGACAUGGCUCUCUCCAAGGCCAAGGACUUGGUCUCCUCCCACCCAGUCCUUCUCAUCAGCAAGACUUACUGUGGAUACUGCACGCGAGUCAAGCAGCUGCUGACCCAAUUAGGUGCAAAUUACACCGUAUUGGAAUUGAAUGUUGAGGGUGAUGGAGCUGAAAUUCAAUCCGCACUUGCUGAAUGGACUGGACAAAGAACUGUGCCAAAUGUUUUCAUUGGUGGAAAGCAUAUUGGUGGUUGUGACAAUGUGAUGGCGGUUCACGCAUCAGAGAAGCUGGUGCCGCUGCUAACUGAAGCUGGAGCCCUCAGUGUUGCUGCUGCAUAGGGGAGUUUCAUAGUUUGGCUUGCUUUUCUGGUGUUGUUGCAUUAUUACUUUAUCAUGUUGAGUGAGAAUAAGGGCUUCAAAAUUGUACAAUUGUUCUAUGCACAAACUCUUGUAUAUGAUAUGAUAUGAUAUGAUGCUCCAGAUACUUAAGACUGUAGUACAAGAUCUAGUCAUGUCCACUAUA